AUGUGUGAAACGGGUGAAACGGGUGAAACGGGUGAAACGGGUGAAACGGGUGAAACGGGUGAAACGGGUGAAACGGGUGAAACGGGUGAAACGGGUGAAACGGGUGAAACGGGUGAAACGGGUGAAACGGGUGAAACGGGUGAAACGGGUGAAACGGGUGAAACGGGUGAAACGGGUGAAACGGGUGAAACGGGUGAAACGGGUGAAACGGGUGAAACGGGUGAAACGGGUGAAACGGGUGAAACGGGUGAAACGGGUGAAACGGGUGAAACGGGUGAAACGGGUGAAACGGGUGAAACGGGUGAAACGGGUGAAACGGGUGAAACGGGUGAAACGGGUGAAACGGGUGAAACGGGUGAAACGGGUGAAACGGGUGAAACGGGUGAAACGGGUGAAACGGGUGAAACGGAAUCACAGCAACAGCCGCAGCAACAGCAACUACAUCAGCAGCAGCAACAGCAGCAGCACCAACUCCACCAACAUCAUCAGCAUCUCCUGCAGCAGCAUCACCAGCUCGGUUUGGCGGCAGUCACAGCAGCCAAGACGAAGACCGCAGGGUUGGCGGGCCUUGAUAGCGAGGCGGUGCGCCGCUGGGUCGCGGAAGCCGCGCGUACCGUCCGCCAGUGUCCACCGCCUCCCUUGAUCGUGCCCUUGGUUCCGAAUUCUCAGAGCCAGCACGUUACCUCGUCCAGUCAGUUUGGAAUCCAUCGAGCCCAACCGGCGCUCAGCGGUGCGACAACACAUCAUCAGCAGCGACGUGUCCAGCGUAGACUCUCGGACCCUAGUCCAUCGCCUCCGCCGCUACCGUUCGCCCUGACAGCGUCGAUGACGCAAACACCGAGCAUGCAUCUCCUUGCGAGCAGCAACAAUCUCGCCGAGCCGCUCGACUUCUCCGUCGGCUCGCUCCAGCAGCAGAGGCUCCAAGCCAGGGCCAAAACCGUGCAAGAAAGGCUCCAGGCCCGAGCCCAUCAACAAGAUAAUAAUAAUGGCGCGAACAGUGUGCUGGCUAAAAUAGCCAAGGUGGCAGGCAACAGAAGGAGUUAUAGCCCCAGCGAGGGAAGUUCCAGCGGCAGUGAGGACGAAGGCGUCUCCACCGGUGGCAGUCCCAGCGGUCCUCUUCGAGGACUCGAGAACGAUUCUUGCGACCCAAUGUCGGAUCGAACAUACGGCAAGUUAUGGAUUGGCGAGAGCGAAGUUACUUGGCGAACGGAGCAAAAUCUAAAGCGCACCUCACCGUUAAUCGCAUGCACAACGACCACGACUACGACGACGACGACUACGGCAGGUGAAGGCGGCCCGACACUCCCCCACAUGACGCCACCCUUACUCGCCUCCGCGAACGCUCCUGAUCUCAGAAGUCCCUCGACCCUUCACGUUAAGCAACUCUGCGUCGUUUCGCCGGCAAGUGACGCACUCGGACGAGUUGAGAAGGAUCCAGCAUCACCCGAAUCCUCACAUGAUGCCGAUUUACAUGGCGAAGUGGAUGGUGCCGAUCUCAGCGGUGACGACCGGAGCAUCGCGAGUGACGUGCAAGAUGGAAACGAGCCCCACUUGGAUCACGACUCAAUCGACUCCGAUAGAGAAGCUCUCAACCUGGUAACGGACGUCUCGCAGCGCAACAGCAGCAGCGGCACCAGCGGCAGCGCCUCCUCCCCGAGCUCCGGGGUGAGCAGUCAGCUGACCGGGAGCCACGCCGGCAAUACGAGCAGCUCGCAGGCGGCCCUCGCUGCCCAGCUCGUAGGCCAGCAGCUCCUCAUGCACGGCUCCCUCGGGGCCCUCAGUCCCCAGGAGAUUCAAGCGCUGGCCUCCACCCUACAGCAGCAGCAGCAGUCGCUCCAGCAGCAGCUCCAGCAAUUCGCCAUGUUCCAGCAGGCGAACCCGACUGCGGCUGGACAACUCCCGGCCCAGGCUCAGUUUUUCCUUCAGAAUCAGGGGCUGUUGCAGAGCGGUGGCUACCCUCAGAGAUCGAGUCACCCGCACUCACAGUCCAUGCAGGUACAGCAGGCAGUGGCCCAGGCGGCCCAGCAGCUUCAGGCGCUGCAGAAGCAACAGGCGUUACAGGGCGGCGGGGGUGGCCUCGUAGCCAGGAACCUUGGGCAGCAGCAGCAGCGCUCGCCGCCGCCUCCCGGUACGCCCCCGGCAGUGAAGCCAUCACCCGCGAGGCUCGAGCCUUCCCCCGAGGAGACAACAGACCUCGAGGAGCUCGAGCAAUUCGCCAAGACCUUUAAACAACGGAGGAUCAAGCUCGGCUUUACACAGGGCGACGUUGGUCUUGCCAUGGGUAAACUAUACGGCAAUGAUUUCUCCCAGACAACCAUCUCCAGGUUCGAAGCCUUAAAUCUAUCGUUCAAAAAUAUGUGCAAGUUGAAGCCACUAUUACAAAAGUGGUUGGAGGACGCUGACAACUCGCUAAACAAUCCAAACUCUCUGUCGAAUCCGAUGACGACCCCGGAGGCGAUUGGUAGGCGGAGGAAAAAGAGAACCUCUAUCGAGACGAGUGUGCGCGUCGCCUUGGAGAAGGCAUUCGUACAAAAUCCAAAGCCCACUUCCGAGGAAAUAACUAUCCUCGCCGACAGUCUCGCAAUGGAGAAGGAAGUAGUCAGGGUCUGGUUUUGCAACAGGCGACAAAAGGAAAAACGCAUCAAUCCGCCGACGGCGGCAAUGGGCAGCCCGACGAUGGCCUCACCCGCACCCUCGGUCUUCGCCUCCCUCGCCAGCACGAUGUCCAGCAGUCCCCUCGCCCUCACGACACACGCGUCACCGGGUCUCGGGCAUGCAGUGCAGCAUCCGCACGCGGCUCCGCUCGGAUCGCCUCUGCCACUUGCCCUGGUCGCCGCCUCGGGCACCGGCAACUACGGCCACCCGCACGGCGGUAAGUCAUCCGUGCACGAGUGACACCAGAUCAAGUCCGUCGCCCAAGGGGACACCCUCUUUCGCCAGCACCAGCUCCAACAUCAACACCAAAAUCAGCAUCAGCAGCA